UUUGAGGUUAACUAAUACACUUGUUUCAAAAACAAGUUUUCCCUGCCGCCGCAUUAUAUUUGGCAUUACUUUUAUUUUAUUAAUGUAGCCGAUAUAGCGCUUCCGAAUAAUUUUCGUAGAGUUAAUUUGAUAUCCAUGGAGUAAUAUCAGGUAAUAUUACUACUUCUGAAAGGGUUCCACAGAUUACAUCAGUCGAUUCUCGCAGCUCAUCACCAUGGCAACGAUUCUAUUCCAGCGCGAUGGACGCCCGCGUAAAAUUAACGAUGUAACGCAAUUAAUUUGUCAAGAUAAUUCGGUGAUAUUAUUUAAGUUCAAGUAACAAAAAAAUAAAAAAAUUAAAAAUAAAACAACGAUAAGUGUCAAAAUUAAUCAAAAUGUCACACCUGUGUAACCCGAAAUUUCAUCCGUUUAUAAAAUGUUCAAAGAGUUUCGAAAUGUUGUUUAAUAAUUCUUUAAAUAUAACCAAGAACAGAAAAGUCAGAGACACUUUAUAUCAGCAUAGAAGAGGUUAUGCACAAUAUUUAGCAAAAUCAAGAAUAUCUCACAUUUAUCCAAUCUACAAGUUACUAGACUCUGUUCUCUCUUCGCAUUCUGUAACGCCGAAAAAUAAUCUGUCAAGACCUAACGAUAAACCUAACCGCCACUCGGGAAAACAUGGUUAUAAAAAUUUUGGUCUACUUUUAAGCGGGUUCGGUUUAGUGGCAGCCCUCUGCGAAUCUCCCGGUCACACCAAAGUUGAUCUUACAGAGAAACGGUUUCUGCGAGCAGCCAAGUUUGGAAACAUACCCGAACUUAAAAAGGUCUUGUCAGAAGGUGUUGAUGUGAAUACAAGGCAUUCCUUAGGAUGGACCGCGCUGCAAACUGCUGCAAUUAAUGCUCAAGUCGAUACGGUUAAGUUCUUAUUGGAAAAAGGAGCUGAUCCCAACGCAGGCGAUGGUUUUGUCAACGUGUACAGAACUGCUCUGGAAAAAGGAUUACAUUCCCUGGACGUGCUUAUGAAGCGCGAGGAAGAAUUCUCUGACCGUUUGAAUAACAGAGCAAGUUUCCAAGGUUUUACUGCUCUACAUUACGCAGUAUUAGCUGAUUCCACGGCGUGUGUACAGGCUUUAUUAGAUGCUGGAGCAAAUCCAACGAUAGAAAACGAAUCUGGUUAUAGAGCCGUUGAAUACGCUAGAGAUGGUGAGAUGAAAGAAAUCCUUAUCAAGCACGCUCUUAAGUAUGAUGAAAUACUGAAAAGAAAGGAGGCUGAGGAGCGAAGGCGGUUCCCCUUGGAACAAAGAUUGAAACAACAUAUUGUAGGACAAGAAGGUCCUAUAUCUAUAGUUGCCUCAACAAUAAGAAGAAAAGAAAAUGGGUGGGUUGACGAGGAACAUCCUUUAGUAUUUCUGUUCCUGGGGUCAUCGGGUAUUGGAAAAACAGAACUGGCAAAACAAUUAGCAGCUUACAUUCACAAUAAGCCAGACGGAUUCAUCCGACUCGACAUGUCUGAGUAUCAAGAAAAACAUGAAAUGGCUAAACUAAUAGGAGCACCACCAGGAUACGUCGGGCACGAUGAUGGUGGUCAGUUAACAAAAUUGUUGAAAAAGUGUCCAAAUGCAGUUGUCUUAUUUGAUGAAGUGGACAAAGCUCAUCCCGAUGUUCUCACAGUUCUUCUACAACUUUUUGAUGAGGGUAGAUUGACUGAUGGAAAAGGUAAGACAAUAGAGUGUAAAGAUGCGAUAUUUGUGAUGACGUCAAACUUGGCUAGCGAGGAGAUAGCUGAGUACGCGAUGCAACUCCGUGCAGAGGCUGAGCGAGUCCUAACACAGAGAUUAGAUAAAAAGUCAGACGAAGACCAAGAGCCAGAGCAGAUUGAAAUAUCUAGAAACUUCAAGGAUCGAGUGGUGCGUCCUAUACUGAAAGCACAUUUUCGCAGAGACGAAUUCUUGGGACGAAUAAAUGAAAUCGUUUACUUCCUGCCAUUUUCGAGAUCAGAAUUGAUACGGCUUGUGAGUAGGGAACUAGAAGCAUGGGCUGUCAGAGCACGCGAAAAACACAUGGUAGACUUGAAGUGGGAUAGAGAAGUGGAGUCUGUAUUGGCAGACGGAUACGACACCCACUAUGGCGCAAGGUCUAUUAAGUACGAGGUGGAGCGGCGUGUUGUCAAUCAGUUAGCCGCAGCUCAUGAACGUGGCCAAUUAGGAAAGGGCUGCUGUGUUCAGCUGAAAACAAGGUGGCACGAGAAUGGAGCUAGUAUCUGCUUGUCGGUUCGACCACCUGGUGUCAAAGAUUUUGUGGACAUAGUUGACACUGAUAAUCUCAAUCUGAUAAAAAAAGUAAAUUCUGUAUUUUGAAAUGUAAAUAAUAUAACACAUGUAAUACAUCUAUCCAAUAAAAAGAACCCAGAGAAAAAAUACAACAAAA